UCUUCCGCAAGCGGAUUCGAACGAGGAGAGAAGAUGGCGUCCGAGGGACGCUCAGAGAUUCCCAAGGCGGGGGAGCUGCCGUUGCCAGGAUACGGGGCCUGGUCGCCCAAAGAGCUACAGGCCAAGCUGGCUGAGAUCGGGGCCCCGACUCAGGGUAGCCGUGAAGAGCUGCUGGAAAGGCUGCAAACAUAUACUCUUCAGACAGGGAUUCUGCUUACCAGGCCUGUUCUGAGAGGAGACGAUGGAGACAACUCAGGCCCACCUCCCUUGCCAGGACCGGUUAGUACAGAGCGUCCUCAACUUACAAUG